UGCCCAAUUCAAAAUUAGGUUCCUCAGGCUCGAACCGGUUCAAUUCGUGUCUGUCGGCUAAGGAUGUCUCAGUUUCGGCGGAUUCUUUCUCAUCUUGCUCGAAAUCUUCCUCAAACCUCGCUUUUCAAAGAACCCCCUUCACAAGCCCUAUCUUCUUCAAGUGUAUCCUUCAGCAAUAGACAUGACUUUUAUCGAAGAUGGCUCCAGACUCAACCAAAUCCUUUGGGCCAGGUUAAUGAGGAUACAGAAAACCAUGAAGUGGACAGCUCAAAGUCUGCUUCUCACUUGGCUAAUGUUCUAUCUCAGACAAACGAUUCUGCCGUGAAGCAUACUGCUAUUUCCAACUUGAAAACAUCCUCAAGGCAUGAUCUUGCCAUGAUAUUUACAUGCAGAGUCUGCGAAACAAGAUCGGUUAAGACGGUUUGCCGUGAGUCAUACGAGAAAGGUGUGGUGGUGGUAAGAUGUGGAGGGUGUAACAAUUUACAUCUGAUUGCAGACCAGCUUGGGUGGUUUGGAGAACCAGGAAGCGUAGAGGAUUUCUUAGCUGCUCGUGGCGAGGAAGUGACAAAAGGCUCAGCUGACACCCUGAAUCUAACUCUUGAAGAUUUAGCUGGAAAAGGAGCCAUGUAAGGGUAAAUAUGGAAGUAACAAGAUUUCUUGAUGUGAACUUUUUCAAAAUUUUCUUAAUGUUAAUCUCGUCCCAAAUACUGUCUUUUAGAUAUAACUACAAAUUUACAGAUUCACUACUAUUCCCGCCCCCCCCCCCCCCCAAAUUAUAGUUGAUCAACAGCACAGAUUGUCCACCUGAUGAACAGAAUUAUUUGAACAGAAUGAAUUGCUUUCCUGCUAUUAGCGUACAAUAGGCCUUGGU